AUGGGCGUCAAGGACGUUCUGUCUCGAAAGGAGGGCGUUAUCGUCGGGGACGAUGUUCUGGCGCUCUUUAAAUAUGCUCAAGAGAACAACUUCGCCAUUCCUGCCAUUAACGUGACCUCCUCCUCUACCGUCGUUGCGGCUCUGGAAGCUGCGCGAGACAGCAAUGCUCCUAUCAUUCUCCAAGCAUCCCAGGGUGGUGCUGCAUACUUCGCAGGCAAGGGGGUGAAAAAUGAUAAGCAACAAGCUUCUAUUGCGGGAGCUAUCGCAGCAGCUCACUAUAUCCGAACCGUUGCUCCCGUCUACGGCAUUCCCGUUGUUCUGCACACCGAUCAUUGUGCAAAGAAACUCCUCCCAUGGCUCGAUGGCAUGAUGGAUGCGGAUGAGGCAUACUUCAAGGAACAUGGCGAGCCCCUUUUCUCUUCACACAUGAUUGAUUUGUCUGAAGAGGCGGUUGACUGGAACAUUGAGACGACUGCCAAGUACUUGAAGCGGGCGGCCCCGAUGAAGCAAUGGCUUGAGAUGGAAAUUGGUAUCACCGGUGGUGAGGAAGACGGGGUCAACAACGAAGACGUCGACAACAACUCUCUGUACACCCAACCCGAGGAUAUCCACAUGAUCUACACCACUCUGAAACAGAUCUCGCCCUAUUUCUCCAUCGCGGCCGGCUUCGGGAACGUUCACGGUGUCUACAAGCCCGGCAACGUCCGUCUCCAUCCUGAACUUCUCGAUAAGCACCAGAAAUAUGUCAAGGAGAAGGAAUCUACCUCGACCGACAAGCCGGUGUUCCUCGUGUUCCACGGAGGUUCGGGCUCGACCAAGAAGGAAUACUCGGACGCCAUCAGCUAUGGCGUUGUCAAGGUCAAUCUUGAUACCGACUUGCAAUGGGCUUACCUGACGGGUAUCCGCGACUAUGUCCUCAACAAGAAGGACUACAUCAUGAAGCAAGUUGGAAAUCCUGAAGGUGAGGACAAGCCGAACAAGAAAUACUUCGAUCCUCGCGUGUGGGUGCGUGAGGGCGAGAAAACCAUGAGUGCCCGUGUGGCUGAGGCAUUGAAAGACUUCAACACCGCCAACAAGCUGUAA